AUGCUUUCGAGUUUCGCGAAUGCACAUCGAAUUUCUUCUUUUCCUUCGACUUUCCCAAUUACAACACCUCCUCGAAAACGGUCGCCACGUUCGCGUCUAACCACACCUACACGCUCAGGACUGACUUCACCUUCUCGUGCAAAGUCAGCAAAGUCGGUUAACGGGUCACCUAAAACCUUUAACGGUUUACAGUGUGAUUUGACCAAAAUAUUCAAGUCGUGUAAGAAGAAAAGUCCUAAAAGUAUCAUCAAAAGAGAGAUAUUGAAAUUAGAUGUGAUCGCAAACGAUUGGACUGGCGCAGCUACUCCAUCGAAAGGGAAAAAGAACAAACCUCAGCUUGAUCGAUUUAUUCCAGUGCAUGAAAUAAUGGGAGAUCUAUCGGAACAAUUAAAAAUUCCCCAAAGAGAAACUGGAAAGGAAUACUUGAACAGUAAUGAAUUUGAAUAUCAGGAAAAAUUGGCAGAGGCAUGUGGUGUUGCUCUUGAAAAACGUAUUUUGGCAUUCAAGCCCGAACCCCCAUCAAGCCAGAAAGAAGAUUUACGCCAAUUGUAUAACCGACCAAUGAAACCUUAUCCAUCAGUUCAAUUUAAAAGACGUAUCUUGACAUCACCAGAACGUAUCCUUGAUGCGCCAGGUUUGUUGGAUGAUUAUUAUUUGAAUUUAUUAGAUUGGAAUAUAAAGAACAUGGUCGCUAUUGGAUUAGAUCAAUGUGUUUAUAUUUGGAACGCUGACACCGGUGAUGUAACGAGUCUUGAACGGACUGGUCCAAGCGAUUACAUUGCUAGUUUAUCAUGGUCCGCCAAUGGUGAUUAUUUAGCUGUAGGAACAAGUGAUGGCGACAUUCAAAUCUGGGAUGUUUUAAAAGAACAAAAAAUUCGAUCAAUGAUGGGACAUACAGCACGUGUAGGAGUGCUAACAUGGAACAAACAUAUCAUUUCUUCGGGGUGUAAAGAUGGACAGAUUUGGAAUCAUGAUAUCAGGAUUGCUCAUCAUAAGGUAGCUGAAUUGAUUGACCAUACUAGUGAAGUUUGUGGAUUAAAAUGGCACUACAAUGGCGAUCAAUUGGCAAGUGGAGGAAAUGACAAUCGAGUGAAUAUCUGGGAUGCAAGAUCUAGUACUCCAAAAUUAACAAAGAACAAUCAUGUCGCUGCUGUAAAGGCUUUAGCAUGGUGUCCAUGGCAAAGUCAUCUUCUUGCCACUGGUGGAGGUUCCUAUGAUCGUCACAUUCAUUUCUGGAAUGUAAACUCUGGAGCCCGCGUAAAAUCUAUUGAUACAGGAUCUCAAGUGACUUCACUCAUUUGGUCCAAAGACUUUAAAGAACUUUUAUCAACCCAUGGAUUUCCGAAUCAUAAUAUGGCGAUUUGGUCUUAUCCAACUUUGAAUAAAGUUGCCGACAUUCCAGCCCAUGAAUCUCGUAUAUUGCAUUCAGCAAUAAGUCCCGAUAAACAAGUAGUUUCCACGGCAGCGAGCGAUGAGAAUUUGAAAUUUUGGAGAGUAUUUCAAAACGAAAAGAAAAGCGACAAGUCCAAAAAUGGUGAUAAGGAGAACAUCGGAACCGUCUUUGACGGAUUAACAAUUCGCUAA